GGGAUGUGUGUCUUUCGAGUCCGUUGCCUGAUCACAUGGUGCCUGAUUUUGAGAGUCAGUCCGCAAUCUGUGAGGUUGCGACCUGAAACCAUGAGUGCAGUGUUGCAGCACUGCAUGCAGGAUCCAUCAGUGCUUGAGAAGCUGGAUCUUUCAGUGCUGUCACUAGAAACCUCGGGAGUUCCCAAGAUUGAGGUCAUCGAGGCGUUUCGAAUGCUUUCCGUGAGAUUGAAACGGACACGAAUAGCUGCUUGAAAUUGUUUGAAUAGAGAUUCCUUGCAUCCAAGGGGGUGAGAGUUUAUCAAUUCAAUGCCUUCACAUGCCUUUCAAAUGCCAUGAAUGCUUUUAUGACAAUGCCAUAUCUGAGGUUCCACUUCAUUUUGCGGAACGUGUUGCGGAUAUUUUUUGACGCUAGUGACGAUGCUGAGGCCCCUUCGUUGUCGAGCAUGGCCACGGCGGUGUUCUGCAUCUCCCAGAUCCUGUUUCGCCGAAACGGUGGAGCAAUGGCCAUCGAAGUUUACACUGGCGAAGGAUGGCUUGCUUCCAGCAUGGCGAACGGAGCCGCAGUGGCGCAGCUGGCGCAAAGCGAGGCGUGUGCUUCUGAUGUGCCCCUCUUGAUCACCCUGGAGGGACAGCGGAAAAGUGUGGAGCGCUUAAUGUCACGGGACCUGCCGACAGCAUCUGUGUGGUUGCAGACGACUCCAAUCCCAAGUCUCAUCAAGCGACUGGAAAAGACCUUUGAGGCGAAACAGCUGACCUUGGUGGCCCUGGAGGGUUCUGCAUAUCCAAGCGAGUUAUGUCCCAAGGGCUGCAGACGUGGUGAGACCGGACUCUUUAGCAACAUCUUGGACUGCUUCCGAUGUCCACAACCACAGAAGAAUCAGAGCGCCCUACGAGAAAUCUGUGACCAUUUUCUGGCGAACAGGACUUUAGAGCUGGCCAUCAUCGAUACUGGGGGCCCGGCCGUGGAGGAAUGGUAUGUGCUGGAGACCUACUGCCGACCUCGCAGCGUUUUCAUCGUGAACUCGGUCUUCGCGUUGCACGAAGGCUGGAUCGCUGCACGCUUGCGGUCAGCUGGCUGGAAGGAAGUGCUGAGUGGUCGCUUGAGAUGGGGAAAUGGCUUUCCUCAUAUGCUGAGCUUGGUGGAGGAGACUGGCUGGGUCUACAUGAUGGAUUUUGGCUAUUUUGGUUGAAGUUUGCGCUGUUUGCGGCGCUGUUUGCGUGGCAGGAUCUCGAGAUCCUCCGGUGGACGAGAUCGGGCGAUGGGCCCCAACGGCCCCAACGGCCCCAACGGCCCCAACGGCCCCAACGGCAC